GUGCACGACGUGUGCGAAUGCUUCACUUGUUCUUCAUAUCACUCGGCUGUUUUUUUUCCGGCUCGUGCGAGGCGGCGGCAUUCGUCCCCCUUGCUCGGCAGACGCUGACCACUUAUCCUGGUGAGCAGCUGCCACUCAGGUCUACUCACCGAAGGAUCUGCAGCAAUGUCUUGAUGGCAAAAGAUGCCGACACUCUCACACCCCGCUUUCGCCUCGCUGACCCAUCGGCGGGCACAGAGGAGUCAUCCCCCGCCCCGCCACAACAGCAAACUGCCCCUGGUGACAUGAGUCCGCUCCGCGCGCGGAUGGUGGGUGCUGUGCGUGAGCAGAAGGAGCGUUUGGGUCUCAAGUACGAGUCGCGGAAGAAGGACAUGAUAGACGAGGGGCUGCUGCCCAUCGACUUCGACGACGAACGGGACCGGAUGGGCAUCACGCGACAAGAGCUGAGGGAGAGGGAGAGGGACAACGCCACAGACCUUACCAAGCCCCUGCGUGACUGGGACCGCAAUGAGCUGGCUGCUGAUGAGCGGUUGGAGCUACUGCAGGGCAUCAACCCUGUCGAGCCCCUCUUCGCCUCAGUGGUGGCUGCAGUGGUGGCCUAUGGUGGCUUCUCGUUUAUGGGUCAGCUGCUGGAGAUCUUUCGUGCAUCGCCCAUCCCGGCAGAUGCAGCCUACCCGGUGCAGCGGCUGGGUGGGGCCUUCCAGCAAAUGCUCUUCGGCGUCGUGUCGCUCGGAACCUUCUCGGUCGCCAUCAACGCUGUAGGCCUGCUCGUGCUGGCGAUGCGCGUGGCCUACGGCAUAUGGCGGGGGGAGCUGGACCCCAACAAGAGAGACCCCACCCUUCCCUCAUACUUCGACAUUCAAGGCUGGAUCGACUACACCGACCGGCAAAGACAACAGCUCAAGGAACAGCGAGAAGGGGACAGGACGGUCGGCGAGGGGCAGGGGGACAAGGGUCAGGAGAAGCGACAGCCAUUCGUAUACAAGAGCGCCCUAGUGACCUUGUUCCAGGAGGCUUUCGACAAGGCCAGGAGCGACACAGCAGCUCAGCAGUCGACGUCCGUCAGCCAUCAGCACCCACCCCGGCCGUCGGUGGCCGCCUCUGAGCAGCAUGGCCAUGCUCCCCCAUCAUCACGCCAAGGGCGGCAGGAACUUGACACGUUCUUGGACUCGAUCAUCGAUGAGAGUGUUGGUGAGAGGGGCCGAGGGGACAGUGCAGACAGAGGUCGAGAGAAGCAGCGGGGUGAAACGAGGGGGGCGGAACGGAAGGGGACGACCAGGGGGGAAGAAAGUGAAAUCGAUUUUUCCCGUUUUGCACCUCUGUCGACGAAGUAAUGCAUGAUGGAUGACUGGAUGGAUAGAUGCUGUUGGUUGUGGACGUGAGACGUGCAAUAUUACAUGUGACGUGCACGAGGGCUUUGACUUUUCGAUUGUAGCAAUGUCAAGACAGUCCAAAAGUCAAAAGUCUCCAACUGAGAUGUCAUCCCCACAGUUAACUGGUGCUUGGUUG